UUUCAUUCGAAGUCGGUCUCUCUGCGCGUAAUCAGUUCGCGCUAUCUUUGUGCGUGUGUUUGUAUCAAUUGUAAAACGAAAUUUUGUAAAUCAAAUUAUUCUUCAAUUCGCGUGUGCGGAGAAACAUUCUCCUUCGGCGCGCAAACUCGUUUGUUGGCGGCGUGUGCGAAAAAAGCGGUGGGCAAAAAAAUUAAUCCACGCACAAGUUGUCCUGUGAGAAACAAUGUCGGCGAGGUGUUGAGCGCCGCGGCUUUUAAUAAAAAAGGUGUUCGUGCCAUUUGAGCUUGGGACUUGGCAGGCCAGUAGGAGUCAAAUUGCAACCAAACUAAGCCACCAAGGCCCUGGCCCCCAAGCAGAACUCGACGGAGGCGCCACUCGACCUGCACGGCUGGACGGACUGACCGUCUGCGUGAGCUGAGAAGAUGCGCUCCGGGGGCGUGAGUCGGCCCCCGGCGGUCAGUGAGGAGGAGGAAGCAGACUGGGGCCAGGCCAGCAACAGGCCAACCUACUGGCAGGACUCUGAAGACGUGGAGGUCGAGCUGCUGGACAACUCGGAGCCCUCGGAGGACACUAAACGUCCCAACGGUACAAACAGUUCCGAGGAAUCGAGCAGCGACGGCGAGAGUUGCGGACGCGGCAAAAGGAAACGGACUGCGCGCAGGUUGAGUCCCUCUUACCAGGCGACUCCCAUGCUCAGCGCGAACGCAGCGCAGAAAAAGGGCAAGCGUAGAGUUUCGGCAAGGGAGCGCAAUCUGCGUCGCUUGGAAAGCAACGAGCGCGAAAGGAUGCGCAUGCACAGUCUCAACGAUGCCUUUGAGCAAUUACGCGAGGUGAUCCCGCACGUCAAGAUGGAGCGCAAGCUGUCCAAAAUUGAGACUCUGACCCUGGCCAAGAACUAUAUUAUGGCCUUAACCAACGUCAUCUGCGACAUGCGCGGCGAGGAAAAACCUUACACUUUUGUGGAUGGCGAGUCUUCGUGUGAAGCCAACAAUGACGAGGACAUCGAGGUCGAACACCUGGAGGAAAAUAACAACUCAAGCUGCCAACGAGACUUGGAAACUCGUGCCUGAAUUCCUGCAAAAGUAUAACAACACUCGACUUUAAUUAAACAAAUUUACUUCGUAACAAAAAAAAAAAAA